GAGAGGGAGGGAGGAAGAAAGAGAGGGAGGCGUGUCAUGUGAUCCGCUUCCCUGCUUCUUUAAGCGUCCACUGGCUGCCGGGCGGCCGCAGUCUCAGCUCUGGGCAUCUGGGGAGCCCAAGCGGCUUCGCCCAGGCAUCCGCGCGGGCGCCUGCGGUCUGUCCCACCUCCUCUGCUAACGCACCCUUGAAGUUUUGCAGCACCAGGAAAAGAGGGCAAGGAAGAAGGAGAGGGGAAGCGAAAGCAUACCCUAAAACAUUUACUUAAAGGAGAAAAGAAAGGGGGUCGCAGAAAUGGCUGGGGCAAUUAUAGAAAACAUGAGUACCAAGAAGCUCUGCAUUGUUGGAGGGAUUCUUCUGGUUUUCCAAAUCGUUGCCUUUCUGGUGGGAGGCUUGAUCGGAGGCUAAAGCAGAAGGAUCACUGUUACUUGGGGAGUGACUUCAAGGCCAGCUUCAACAACUUAGUGGGACCCUGUCUCAACUCCAGCACCCACAACAGCAGUACCCUACACGGCAAUAAAAUGUGUGGAUGUCCGUAAGAACCACCAUAAAACAAGAUGGCUGGCGCCUUGGGGACCUAACAAGUGUGACAAGAUCCGUGACAUCGAGGAAGCAAUUCCAAGGGAAAUUGAAGCAAAUGACAUUGUGUUUUCUGUACACAUUCCCCUCCCUUCUAUGGAGAUGAGUCCAUGGUUCCAGUUUAUGCUGUUUAUCUUGCAGCUAGACAUUGCUUUCAAGCUGAACAACCAAAUCAGAGAAAAUGCAGAAAUUUCCAUGGAUGUUUCCCUGGGUUACCGUGAUGAUAUGUUUUCUGAAUGGACUGAAAUGGCCCAUGAAAGAGUACCACGUAAACUCAAAUGUACUUUUACAUCCCCCAAGACCCCAGAGCACGAAGGUCGUUAUUAUAAUUGUGAUGUCCUUCCUUUCAUGGAAAUUGGGUCAGUGGCUCAUAAGUAUUACCUUCUAAAUAUCCGGCUACCUGUAAAUGAGAAAAAGAAAAUCAAUGUUGGAAUUGGGGAGAUAAAGGACAUUCGGUUGGUGGGAAUCCACCAAAACGGAGGUUUCACUAAGGUAUGGUUUGCUAUGAAGACCUUCCUUACACCCAGCAUCUUCAUCAUUAUGGUGUGGUAUUGGAGGAGGAUCACCAUGAUGUCCCGACCUCCAGUGCUUCUGGAAAAAGUCAUCUUUGCCCUUGGGAUUUCCAUGACCUUUAUCAAUAUCCCUGUGGAAUGGUUUUCUAUUGGAUUUGACUGGACCUGGAUGCUGUUAUUUGGUGACAUCCGACAGGGCAUCUUCUAUGCAAUGCUUCUUUCUUUCUGGAUCAUCUUCUGUGGCGAGCACAUGAUGGAUCAACAUGAACGGAAUCACAUUGCAGGGUACUGGAAGCAAGUUGGACCAAUUGCUGUUGGCUCCUUCUGCCUCUUCAUAUUUGACAUGUGUGAAAGAGGAGUACAACUCACAAAUCCUUUCUACAGUAUCUGGACUACAGAUGUUGGAACAGAACUGGCUAUGGCUUUCAUCAUUGUGGCAGGUAUCUGCCUCUGCCUCUAUUUCCUGUUUCUGUGCUUCAUGGUAUUUCAGGUAUUUAGAAACAUCAGUGGGAAGCAGUCUAGCCUCCCAGCCAUGAGCAAAGUCCGGAGGCUGCACUAUGAGGGUCUGAUCUUCAGGUUCAAGUUCCUCAUGCUUAUCACCUUGGCUUGUGCUGCCAUGACUGUUAUCUUCUUCAUCGUUAGUCAGGUGUCAGAAGGCCAUUGGAAAUGGGGUGGUGUCACAGUUCAAGUGAGCAGUGCUUUCUUCACUGGAAUCUAUGGGAUGUGGAACCUGUAUGUCUUUGCUUUGAUGUUCUUGUAUGCACCAUCCCAUAAGAACUAUGGGGAAGACCAGUCUAAUGGUGACCUGGGUGUCCACAGCGGGGAAGAACUGCAGCUUACUACCACUAUAACCCAUGUAGAUGGACCAACUGAGAUCUACAAGUUGACCCGUAAAGAAGCACAGGAAUAGGAGGCUAUGGUAUGGCACUGAGCUGGAAUUGUCUCUCUAUCCAGCCUCUUCCCCUGGAGUAGAGAUCCUACUAUACAGAGCUCAGUGAAAAGUGGAUACCUAGUGCUUCUUAGGUAUAGUUUCUUAAAACAACAGAUGGACAUUUGUCAGAUGACCUCCAAUGGUGGCUGUUGCAAAACUUCUGCCACUACUAUAUAGCACAUGUUAACAAAAACUGAUAUGACACAUUUCCUGUGAUCAUUGUUAAUUAGUGACAUAGCAGCAUCUGUAGCAGGUGGGUUAGUAACCCUCACAUAGAGGGGUAUACUCCUUGGGAUGGUUUGGGCCAAUAGGGGCUAUAUUGAGUAGUUUGUGACUUUUUUCUGCUUUUGAUUCUGGGAUAUGUUUAAACAUUCUUUGCAGUCCAACAUUUGCUGAUGUCAUAGUCUUUUUACUCUCCUCCAUGGGCACUUUUUUCUAUUUAUAUCACCAAGUAGCCAAAUGAGUUAUUUAAGUUGUCAGUACAAAUAUGUCAACUUUUUAAAAAAUGGAUUACUAUAAAAUAACCAAACUUCAUGAGAAAUUUUAUCUUACCAGAGGCAUUUCAGCUUUGGAACCAAAUCUGUGUAUUUGAUACUAAUCUGUCUGUUUGUUUGUGGAUUUUGAGAAAUAUUUGCUUAACUACCCAAAUAGGAUUUCUGGUAUUAAAUGGCCUUUGGGUCCUAAAAGCUUUUUUUAACUUCUUGCUUAAAAUGUGUUUUCUUUUGAUAAGAUUCUUCAAACAAUCUCCAAAAGUGUAAAUCUAAUCAUGUGAAUAAAAUGAAUGUAAAUAUGCACCCCUUCCUGUCCCAACAGUUCUCAGGCAUACAGAUUCAAAUCUGCUUGGAUCUUGGAGUACCCAGGUGCUGGCAGAAAUAGCUUGAGUAUUUCUGGAGGUGAAGGGAUACCUUCUGUAUCAAGUAUUAAGCCAUUCUAGGCCAGCAAGGAAUGCUCACAUACAUGAGGAAUCAGAUGCUUUAUACCCGCAUACACAGCUCUCAUUUCAGUACCCCUAAUAGCCUAUGACAUUGCUUUUGUUUGUUUGCUUUUUAUUUUAUUUGUGCCUUUUUUAGAUGCUAAAGAAGCCACAUGACAUAGCAGAUAAAAUACUCAAUUCUGAAUUUAAAAGGCCGUUUUCUAUCGAAGGUCUAUCAUGCUCUAGUUGUGUGAUGUUGUUCAAGCUAUCUGACAUAACUAUUCCCCAAAUUACAAGCUAACAUUCAUAAAGUGUAACUGUCUUCAGGGUCACAAUGAAAAAAUAAUUAAUGUAUCAGUUAUACAUCCGUAUUGAUUAACUUUGCAGUCUAAAAAAAAAAAUUCCAUGAGAGUCUCAUUGUUUAGGUAGCAAUGAUUGAAACAAAGUUUGUGGUAUAUUCUGUUUAAUUAACCUACAUGGCAAACCCCAUCCUGUGUUUUUCCUAACUUUGGCCAGAACCAUGGUAAACAGUGACAGAGAAAACACUUAAAGGUUGGAUCUUGUCUUUAUGCCUUUUUCUAAACUGGUGAAUGUUAGAUGGGUAUGUGAUCCAUUGUACCCAACAUCCACUUACUGAUCUGCCACCUAAGUAUAAAGAAUCAAGUGUAGCCUGUGCUUCUGUUUCUAUUAGAGCAAAUAAACUUCAACAUUAUAGUUAUCUCCCCUUCUAGAAAAUGGAGUGAGGUGUCUCUAUUCUUUGGGACUGGAUAAUACUCUGAAAGAAUAUUAAAGUAUUAUUCUUCCCAGGACCAAAUGAUAGAGAGUAAAGUAUUAGAAAAGCCAUAGUGGUUAUGUAAUUUAUAGGAGGUUUGGGUAAAGUUAGGUGCCAAAACACAAGAUGAGCCUCCAUGCCCUUGGAGCCACAAUAAAUAUGAUUUCAAUGUCACAGUAAGAGUAACCAGCCUGAAGCCGGGCGUGGUGGCGCACGCCUUUAAUCCCAGCACUCGGGAGUUCGAGGCCAGCCUGGUCUACAAAGUGAGUUCCAGGACAGCCAGGGCUAUACAGAGAAACCCUGUCUUGAAAAACCAAAAAAAGAAAAAAGUUACCAGUCUGGCUCAAAUUUAUACAAAGAAGUGAUAUGGGUAGAAUUACCUCUGAAGCUAGGAAAGGGUUAAUGGAUCCAGCAAUGAGUUCAUAGGCCAGAGCCAGUCAGCAGCAAAGGAUGUGGAGAAGGGUGGAUUAUUUUGGAGAUAAAACAGAGCAGACAAGGUUUGAAUGUUAUGAAUGUGAACUUCAUAAAGAGGCAAAGAGCAGAGUCAAAUUUCAGACCCUUGCUGAGAAGUGGACUAGCAGGUGCCUGGCUCAAGUAAAGAUUCCUGAAUGAAAUGUCAAUAUGUCCAUAAAUAGAAAAAGCCAAGAUUAGCUCAAAAAAAGGACCUUCCUAGAAUAGUUUAUGGUUCCCUUCAAAAGUUGCACUAUCCCAGAAAGAAUAGGCUUGGGGAUAUCUCUAAUGGGACUCAACUUCAGGAGCUCAUGUUUACCCCAACUUUCAUUUACAAGUCUCUCUCAUCAAAUCUAAAGACAAUAUGUCCUAGUGCCAAUCCAAUUACACAGUGAGUCAUGUCAAACAGCAUGACCUUGUGAAUAGCAGUCAGUCUGCAAAGGAAGGAGAACCCUUUGAGCUGGGCAAACCUUUGAAAAACAUCUAACAUGAUGGGGAUGCGGAAGAAUUCAUAUUUGUCUAGACUGAGUUUUAACUAUUACUUCCUGGAGGGAACUAUGAAUAGGGUGUUGAUGGCAGACUUUGCCAUCAACAAUUCUUAUUAAAAAUGAGAAGUAUGCCUGGGCAGAGCAUCAAAACAUUAAUAAUGUGUAGCCAGGUAUGGCCACAUUCAGUAUUAGAGAAAAAUGAGAAAGGUUAAGAAAUAACAUGUGGUUUUCAAAGAAGUCAAAAGCCAGAGUGAUACAAACAGGGCAGAACUUAGCUGAGGCCGGAAUGCUUUAUAUAAGUGACUGGAGCAUAAUGGAUGUGGUUUGGGGUAUGUGUGACAUUCGUAUGUAUCAGGGGAAAAGUUGGACAGAGAAGCAGAGCAGAGUCAAUGGAUAGACAUGCUGGUCAACAAGAAGAAAGACGGUUGUUUUGAAUGGAGCCAGAAUAAAAACACUGACUUUGAAAUCUGAGACCAGGUAUUAAGGAAAGACAAGGAUACAAUGAAUCAACACCCUAAGAAUACCAGUGAUUUGGAUCUAGAAACAAGCUGAGGACUUCACUCUGAAGGAUUCAAAGUACAAUUUCAUUGCACACAGUAGAGAAAUUCUCAGUGGACAGUGGAAGAGAAAAUUGAGUUUCAAAGAAGAAAGUUUACAACCCUGGGGGUCCACCAAGAUAAGCCUAGCCAGCUCCAAGUAUCCAAGAAAUGCCUCAGAAAGAGAGAAAACUAUGAGAGAUGAUCAGAUCUGUGGAAAAAAUAGCUAUGAGUACCUGUUUUGCAUACACAUAACUGCUAAAAUAAAUCUUACAAAAUCUAAAGGAUAUUUCAGAAAAGAUUACAGUUGUCUAUCUAUAAAAUAAAAUUCACCACCAGUAUGUUCAACAAAUACAUAGAAAAUAAAAUCACUUUCAUUUGGCUACC